AUGUUGCCGUUCCCCGAGGUGUCGGUUCCCUUACGGCAGAGCCGCUGCUGUUGCUGCCCUUGCAGCGUCUUGCCGGAGAGGACCUGCGGCUGGAAGCUCCUGGAGGCCGUCGGACAUCACCAGGGAGGGAACUGGGAAUUGAGGUGUCGCUUUGAUACAGCAGCGCAACACAUCCUCAAACUCAUUGCGGACGAUGCCGGGACUCUGCAGGAGUCCAGCUGCGCUUCUGCGCUGCCCGAGCCCGAGCGGGUGAGCCUCCGCUGCUCCGCGGAGGGCUGUCCUUCGGCGGACCAGGUGGCAGAGGAGGUGCUGACUUGGCAGCGCCUUGAGGUUGGUAUGCAGCUUGCUACUGCCAAGUGUCGAAUGCAACGGCGGGUUGCGAGGGCGGCUUGCGGCCAUUGCGGCCAGAACGUUGGCCUCCUGGGUUUAACAGGACUAGGCAUAACACUCCGGCGCCACGAGAAGCGCUGCCGCGCCAGACGUGCAGCGCCACCGCCACCACCACCACCACCACCCGCUGUCUGCGAGCUCCUGCCGCGGGUAGAUGUGAGCAAGGACAUCCAAUGGAUGUCAGCCCAAGAGAUGGGCAACAUGCUCACCAUCACCGGAGCCGAGCUGAAGGCGCUGCUGGAGGAGGACGAGGAGACAAGGGAGCAGGUCACCAAAAGCGCGUUUGUGGCCUGGCGCCCCGGUGCCCAUGAGGGUGCGCCCCUCCGGGUCGCCAUGCUGGUGGGACCCGGGGACACCGCAGACACGGUCCAGGUCAAGGCUGAAUCCCCAUAUUUGGGACCGAUCGACCAGAUCGUGAGCCUGGAAUGCCUCGAAGAUGGCUUCCUCAAGCAGAAGAAAUGGGGCCAAUCCGUGGCAAUGACGUCUUUUUUCGAUUGCAAGGUGGCGACCGAGCGCUGCAGAAUGUUGCAGAACUGUGCCCGUCGCCUAGCGGCACGUGGCGGCGGCUAA